CACCCACUGACGUGCCACAACACCCAAAACAGUGUGCACAGCUGCUAUCUUUAAACGAGCAUAGUCAAAGAAAAGGCGGAGGGCCCAGCGUUAAUGAAUUUAUAUUAUUAAAGGUAGUUAAAAAAAAAAAAAAAACUGUGGCACUUCGUCCCCGGCACGACACCUUUUCGUCCCGUGUAACCGACGUUUGGCUGUGGUUGUCUCAUGGUUUCGCUGAAAAGUGACUGAAAGCACUUUUUUUGGUCACAGCCGGGCGGAGGUCGGUUGGAUGCGUGUGGCCGCCGGACGAGAGGCGCCAUGAGUGCGGAGGUGGAUGCGCUGACGGUGGUGAACCAGCUGCGGGACCUCGCCGCGGACCCCCUCAACCGCAGGGCCAUAGUAGAGGAUCACGGAUGCUUACCGGGGCUCAUUCUGUUCCUGGACCACCCCAACCCGCAAGUGGUCUACUCUGCAUUGCUGGCCGUGCGCUACCUGGCAGAAUGUCGAGCCAACAGGGAGAAGAUGAAGGGCGAGCUGGGCAUGAUGCUGAGCUUGCAGAAUGUCAUGCAGAAGAGCGCGUCGCCCGGGGAAACCAAACUCCUGGCCUCAGAGAUCUACGAGAUCUUUCAGUCUGCCGGUAAAGAGGAAGCCGAGCAGGCGGAGGCGGCCGCCGCCUCCUGCCGACGCAAGGCUCAGUUCUUCCUGGGUUCCAACAACAAGAGGGCCAAGACGGUGGUGCUGCACAUCGACGGACUGGACGACUCGACUCGCAGGAGCCUGUGUGAGGAGGCCUUGCUGAAGAUCCGAGGAGUCAUCAGCUUUACUUUCCAGAUGGCCGUCAAGAGAUGCGUCGUGAGGAUCCGCUCCGACCUUAAAGCUGACGCGUUGGGCACAGCCAUCAACUCCACGAAAGUGAUGAAAGCUCAACAGGUGUUGAGGACGGACGAUGGAGGAGAGCUGAUCAUGCCAUUCCAGGAAGAGGGCGAGGGUGCGGCGGGUGCGUCGGCGGUAGAAGAGAACACGGACAUCCCGGACUACCUGCCCGAGGAGGAGAGUCCGUCGCAGGAUCCCGACAAGGCGGUGACGCGUGUGGGUUCCGUCGCGGACGGAAUGGGCUGGCUCAACACGGCCGCCAAUUUCCUGACUCGCUCCUUCUAUUGGUGACCCACGCUGGUCAUGUCCCCCCCCACAUGAUACCACCGUGCGGGUGGGCUUAGCCUGGACUUACCCCAUAUACACACACAGACGCACACAGCUACAGUGUGUGCAUACGCUAGCUACUGUAUGUCCCCAAACUAGAGGACUUGAAAUCAGCUGACACCAAGGACACUCGUUCUGAUAAGUUGGGAGAUGAUUUUUGUGCAUGACCCCCCCCACCCCCUCAAUUCUAGACUAUUUAUCAUACUCAUAUUUUCACGCUUCAUGUUAUUUUUUUAUCUUUAACAUGCUUUAGUGCCAAUCUUGCCCCAAGUUCUUUCGUGUGCCUUUUUAUUUUUUUUGGGACAUUUUGCUGUAAUGAUUAUUUAUUCAUCAUUGGCGCGUCCAGAGAGAGCGCAGAACACGUGGCUUUUUUUGCUUUUCGGCGGCCAUUUUCGGCCUCCAGGCCAUAACCAUAAUAAUAAUUAAAAAAAGAAAUGGGAACAAGCAAAUGUUUAUUAAAGAUAAAACAAAUUAAAAUACAUUUAGACUUUGUUGGCUGACUAAUUUCAUUUAAGUUUUGUCGUUCCAAAAAUAAAAUGGAAACUAUGAAAUUGAUUUAAGUCAUAAAAUGAUGAAAUUACAGCAAAUGUUUUGGGGUUUAUUUUAAUUUGAAUGUUAUGUGUUUUUCAUUAAAAAAUAUUAAAUACAAAUUAAAAUUAAACAAACAUUUGAUUAGAAAAUAAAAAAAAACAUGGCAACUAAAUUAAAUGCUUUUGGGUGGUUUUGUAACAGUUCCUCUGAUUAUAAAACACCCAAAAUAAAAUUUGUAAUAAACAUUUGUGUAAUCGUGGCAUCGUAUAAUUUCGCAAUUGAAAUGGCCACUGAUAAGAAAAAAAUGUCCCCAUCUUCCAAUAGAGCACCCGAAUGCUCCACAUAGUAUCCUGUAUACAUAAUAUCAUAUGUACAUUUUGUAAAUGGUGCUUGACCCCCACCCGAAUAAUCUUGAAACUUUUUUGUCAGUUUUGUUUUUGUGCGACUAACUCCACAAAAACGGGAUCUGUGUUGCCGAAAGUGCUUACCUCACAUCCCAGGUUGACCUGUUAUCCUCCCCGGCAUUAUGUCGCUCAUAAUUAACGUCCUGUACACAACAAUGCUACGCGGUGUAGUGCUGACUAGGCCACUUGUCUCGUCUCUUGUUAGUCGAAGUCGAAAAGCGGCGGCGUGACCUAAAUCUGGCUGUGGUUGCUACUUCCUGGUAAAGCAAUAAUAUUGUUUUUUAACAUUAUGUUACAUUGAUCAGUAUUUUUUUGUUUAGUUUUAGUAUUAGUAGUCCUCAGGUGUUGCUCACAUUAGAUCCCAACAGCAGAAAUGUACAGACGUCUACCCUUGUAAUAUACUGUAAUACUCAUUCCCAUCAAAUGACCAUAAACUUCAAAUUCAA